GAAGUGAUGGAGAUAUCUCGCCGGCGGUCCCCAUUCUCUCUCCUCUCUCUCUCUACUGUAUAUCGUUUUGCUAUCUAUGGUGGGGGAAUCUGGAAAGUGAAGAAAACCGAGAAAUCAGUUAUCACUUUCUUCUACAAUCAACGCAAGCAACUGAUUCAGAGAACUGACAGCUUUGCACAGAAAUAUAUACAAACAAAAAGAGAUAAACACGUCAAAUCGUAACCAUCCCUACCAUAUCUAUACAAGUAGGCACCUCCAAUCGUUUCUUCAUCUUGCAUUCUCCUAACUCCCAAGCAAUCGCAUCAUUAAAAGCAUCCGCGUUAAUUUCAAUCAUUCAAAUCGCAUCUGUAAGUAUGACGAUGCUUUUCCGAUCGAAAUCAUGCGGUGUUAGUAGUGCCGGUAAGUUAAUACCGAUCUCGUCUCCUCCUACUUCGUCUCUGUAUUUGUCACCGGAAGAAGAUGAACAGGAAGAUGAAGACGAGGAGGAGGAAGAGGAGGAAGACGAUGUAUGUUUUGCAUCUAAUCGAGUUCGGACGCCAUUUUUGGGGACGGAAGGUCAAAUACCUAACAGUAAUAGUAACCGUCAACAACAGAAUCAGAUUUUGGAUAUAUUUCUGGCGGCAUUAAGGAAAUCUCUGGUUAUGACUUGUAGCGUUGAAACGGACGAUGUUUCCUCCAUGGAUAUCGGCUGGCCGACUGACGUUAAGCAUGUUUCUCAUGUAACUUUCGAUAGAUUUAAUGGAUUUCUCGGUCUUCCUGUUGAAUUGGAGCCUGAAGUUCCUCAUAAGGUUCCCAGCGCAAGUGCUAGUGUUUUUGGAGUAUCGGCUAAAUCAAUGCAGUGUUCAUAUGAUGAAAGAGGGAACAGUGUGCCAACAAUUCUUCUCAUGAUGCAGAAACGUUUGUACAUGGAAGGAGGAUUGAAGGCUGAAGGGAUAUUCAGGAUAAACCCUGAAAACAGUCAAGAACAAAGUGUUCGACAUCAACUUAACAAGGGAGAAGUACCACGGGGAGUUGAUGUACAUUGUUUGGCUGGUUUAAUAAAGGCAUGGUUUAGAGAACUUCCAACUGGAAUUCUCGAUUCUCUAAACCCCGAGCAAGUGAUGCACUGCAACACCGAAGAUGAAUGCACUCAUCUCGUCAAGUCCCUUCCUUCAACCGAAGCAGCACUUCUCGACUGGGCCAUCAACCUGAUGGCAGACGUCGUCAGACACGAACAUCUCAACAAGAUGAACCCGCGCAAUAUAGCCAUGGUUUUCGCUCCAAAUAUGACUCAGAUGGCUGAUCCAUUAACCGCAUUGCUUCACGCGGUACAAGUGAUGAACUUGUUAAAGACACUCAUCGUCGUAACACAUAGAGAAAGAGAAGAGUUAAUCGGUAAUAAAUCAAGAUCAUUACGAACAUACAUAGAAGAUGAUUCAGGAGGAAGAUCACCAAUCUUACACCGUAGCGAACUUACAGAUGAUCGAGGGAGAUUGAUAGAUUUCACGCCGAGUAAAAACUUGAUAAACGACUACAAUGGUGUUAGAGAAAGCGAAGGAAUACUCGAUAAACUCAAAUUUAAGAAAGGGGUAAGAAAAUUGUGCAAACAUCCAGUUUUCCAGCUGAGUAAGUCUCACAAUUGUAAAUAGUAAUUUCUUCAUGUUUCACUUUUAUCCUUAUUGGGUGAUUAGACAUUAAUGGUGGUAAAUUUUUCCAUUUUUUUU